AUGGCUCCUCUCAAAGCUGGCGACCCUUUCCCCGAGAACGUUGCGUUCCAGUACAUUCCUUGGUCCGAGGACCAGGGUGAGAUCACCUCGUGCGGAAUUCCGAUCAAAUACGACGCCUCGAAGGAGUGGGCGGACAAGAAGGUCGUCCUUUUCUCAGUUCCUGGCGCCUUCACACCCACCUGUUCCGUUUCCCAUUUGCCUGGCUACAUCCAGAACCUCCCGCAGUUGAAAGAAAAGGGCGUCCAGAUCGUCGCAGUCGUCGCAUCCAACGAUCCCUUCGUCAUGAGUGCCUGGGGAAAGGCAAACCAGGUUACCGGCGACGACAUUCUCUUCCUCUCAGACCCUGACGCACGCUUUUCCUCGAGCAUUGGCUGGGCCAAUGCCGGUCGCACUGGACGUUAUGCGGUCAUCAUUGAUCACGGAAAGGUUACGUAUGCAGAUAUCGAGACGGAGAGGGGGGCUGUGAAGGUUUCUGGAGCUGAUGCUGUGCUGGCUCACCUUUAG